GAGGGAGAAAGGGAUGAUUUAGAGAGGGAGAAAGGGAUGAUUUGGAGAGGCAGAGAAAGAGAAAGAGAGGGAGGAUUCCGUUGGGUGCUUGCGGCCGCAUGCGGAACAUGAUGUCAGAGGAAUGCCCUGCGCCGCUCCUCAUAGCUGACUGGAACAGCAGCCACCUUCCUCUCUCUCUCCCUCCCUGUCUCCCUUUCCUUCAGCAUCCGGCCCAGCAGCUGGAGCUUGAAGCUAAUAAAGGGAGUGGAAGGGAGCAAGGGAGAGAGACAGAGGGAGAGGCAAAGUUUGGUGUGACACAAAGAGAGGGGAAUAAGUUGGACUGGGACAGUAAAGGAGUGGGAAGGAAGGGAACAGAACAGUAGUCUAUAAAGCUGCACUGAGCUCUAUAGUAAUGCAGACCUGUGAGUCAUGGCUGUGGUCUGUAUAGGAAUGGAACAGAACAGUAGUCUGUAGAGCUUGGGCUCCGGUAAUGUCGACUGGGCUGUGGUCUGUGUACUUAGCAGGGAUCCGGUGACUGAAGGAUACAGAGGCUACAUGGAGCAGUCAGACACCUUAACACAGAGUGGGAAUUUGCUUACAGGCUUCAGGAUAUCCACUCGGUGAAGAUGUAGUCCAUUUGGUUUCCAUGGAGAUGUCUCUAAACAGGGCCUCCUCUUGUCGCAUCCCUCCUGCCCUGUUGCCGUGGCUACUGUGGACUCUGUGGGUUCUACUCGUCCCCACGACCGUCGCCUCGACCACGGGCCCCGGCAACAGCACCCUGCUCUUCAACAGUGCCGCCCACGGCAACAGCCUGCGGAAAUGCAGCUGCUCCACCCACAUCCAGGACUGUGACGAGGCGUUGGCAAACCUGCUGUGCAGCUGCCGCACCAUGUCGCACUCAGAGCUGACCCCUGGGGGCCUGAGGGAGCAGGGUAGCUUGACCAUGUGGCUCAGAGAGCCUUGGGUCCUCACAGAGCUACUGAAUGGGAGUGUGGUGCCAGACCUGCGCCUGUCCUACUGUGGACCCGGGUCCCUGGCCAUCCCCACCCAGUACCUGGCCCUGUUUGGUCUCCGUAGGCUGAGGGUCCACAGCGCUGCCCAGGGUGCCCCACACCCGGAGCAGGUCCUCACAAUCGCCUCUGGGACUGAGGAUAUAGACGGGUUGGGGUCCCUAGCCUCCACUGACCCCUCGUCUAUCCUCCAUGUCUCCUUCCUGGAUGUAGCGUUGCUUAAUGGCUUAUCGUCCCUAAAGGCCUACAGUGUGAGCGCCCCUCCCAUGCCCACCCUCUCCCAGUACUUCCCCCACCUGCCCCUGUACCUCUCCACCGCCUUGGACCAGCCCCUGUACCCCUCCACCCCUCUGGACCAGCCCCCAGACCCCCAACAGGACUGCCUCUUCACCUUCAUCUACUAGACCUGUAGGCUCUGAGCAGAGAGCAGGGCUGGGUCAGUCCCUCAGCUAAAUAGAUCUAUGGAAACUAGACUGGGCUGGAUGGAUAACACUGAAGUGGUAAGUGCAAGAGCUCCAUUCACCCUGAUGUUACUGAAUGGACUUGAUGUGCAGAGAGCUAUGCUGCUUUUCCAUUUGUUUCUAUAUAGUGUGUUUCUACGCUGCAGAAAACACUAUUCCAAUAUCCACAAGAAGACUCUGGACAAGACAAGACAACCAUCUCUGAGAAGAAGAAGGAGGCAUCUUGCAGUAUCAAUGCAAGAGCAAGGCAGAGAAUAAGAGAUGGAAAGAGACUGAGAACGAGACAAGGACGGCAUCCGUCUGCUGCUCUAAAGACUAACAGAAAGCUUGUAGGCCUGCUGUUAUGAAUGCUAUCAGACAGUUAGCUUGUAGGCCUGCUGUUAUGAAUGCUAUCAGACAGUUAGCAUGUAGGCCUGCUGUUAUGAAUGCUAUCAGACAGUUAGCUUGUAGGCCUGCUGUUAUGAAUGCUAUCAGACAGUUAGCAUGUAGGCCUGCUGUUAUGAAUGCUACCAGACAGUUAGCUUGUAAGCCUGCUGUUAUGAAUGCUAUCAGACAGUUAGCAUGUAGGCCUGCUGUUAUGAAUGCUAUCAGACAGUUAGCAUUCAUAACAGCAGGCCUACAAGCUAUCAGACAGUUAGCUUGUAGGCCUGCAGUUAUGAAUGCUAUCAGAUAGUUAACUUGUAGGCCUGCUGUUAUGAAUGCUAUCA